AUGUUUGACGGUUUGUUUGUUUCUGGUGAGUUCUUAGUAUUGGAUGAUGGUAUGGAGACAACCAUUGAUGACAAGAAACCAUUUAUGUUCUAUGGUGCAAAGGUGGUUAGUGGAAAUGGUCGCAUGCUAGUUACCUCUGUGGGCAUGGACACGGCAUUGGGUGAGCUGAUGAACCGAGUAGCACAUACUCCUAACCGUGCCCAAUUACCAGCUCAACUUGACAAGAUGAACACACGCACCCAUAUUGCCGGGCUCUCAAUCUCUAUUCUCCUCCUUGUAGUGUUGUUCUUUCGUUUCUUGCUUGAAAAGAAAGAUUACAGCUCUGGCCUCCCAGAGCUUAAGGGGAAACAAACUGCAAGUAAGGAAAUAAUGAAUGAGAUGGGGAAAGUUUUCUUGAAACCAAGUGGGCAGAUUAGCAUCUUAACAACAGGUCUGGCCAUCUUGCUUGUAGGAGUAGUGGAAGGGAUACCUCUUUUUGUUACACUUGCCAUUACCUAUUGGAAUAGGAAGACACUGUCUGGCAAGGCCAUUGCUCAAGGAAUUUUGGCUUGUGUCACCAUGGGCUCUGUCACAACCAUUUGCACUGACAAAACUGGUGUGCUGACUUUGAACUCGCUGGAAGUCGACGUGUGCUAUAUUGGGAACGAAGUCAUAGAAAAUGACUGUGUCACCAGAAUAGACACAAGUGUUCGUGAAGCUUUGUGCAAUGGAAUCUGCACACCACUUUUGAAAUCGUCAAGCUCUUGCAGCUCAUCAGAGGACCCGCUCCUUCCCUGGGCUGCCAAUUUGGGGAUGGAAAUUGAGAUUUUGAGGCAGAGCCACACCAUCCUGGAGGCCAAGGAGUUGAGCACCAACGAGGAAGGCAGUGGAGUAUUGAUGAAAAAAUCCAGUGACAAUGAAGGAGAUAUGUGCUUGCAUUGGAAAGGACCUGCAACAACAAUAUUAGCCAUGUGCUCACACUACACUGACAGUAGAGGGACAAUAAAGGUCAUGGAUGAACAACGUAGACUGGCUUUUAACCAGAUUGUAGAGCACAUGCAGUCCAAUCUCAAGACCAUUGCAUUUGCUUACAAGCAGACUGAUGUUGCAAUGCUUGAAGAAAACAGCUUAAUCUUAAUAGGACUACUAGGUGUGAAGUAUACAUGUUGCGAAGAUAUAAUGGAAGCAGGAGUGAACAUCAUAUUGGUGUCAGAAGAAAAGGUGUCAAAGCUGAAAGACAUUGCUGUUGCAUGUGGAAUAUUUGCCAACUCAAACAGGUUGGUGCUCGAAGGCGAAAAGUUUCGAAAUAGUAGUGCAGAAGAAAGGAUGGACAUGGUAGAUAAAAUCUGCGUGAUGGGAAACUCCAUUCCUUCAGACAGGCUCCUUUUGGUGCAAUGCCUGAAAGAAAAAGACCACGCUGUGGCGAUGGUUGGAGUCAGAACAAAUGAGACUCCAACUCUUAAAGAAGCAGAUGUGGGCGUUGCAAUGGGGACUUGGAGUAGUGAAAUGGCAAGAGAAAGUUCUGACAUCAUCAUCUGGGAUGGAAAUUUUAGUUUCUUGGUCCCCAUUAUAAGGUGCGGAAGAUGCAUUUACUAUAACAUUCAAAAGUACAUCCAACUUGAGCUCACCAUGAACAUAGCAGGGCUGCUGAUAACAGCCACUACCACAAUGGCUUGUAGAGAGAGUGCAAUUACAGCAAUUCAGUUAUUUUGGGCAAACAUGGUUGUGACUCUUCUAGGUGGGCUUGCUCUACUGAUGGAGCCGCCGACAAAGGAACUAAUGGAGAAGCCACCGGUCAGACGAACUGACUGGCUCAUUAGCAAGGUAAUGUGGAGAAACAUUGUCAGUCAAGCCUUAUAUCAGAGUGCCAUCUUGGUCAGCUUUCAACUAAAAGGGCAAACCGUCCCGGGCAUCAGCAAGAAGGUUAGCGAGUCCAUUGUUUUCAACAGUUUUGUUCUGUGUCAGGUAUUCAAUCAAGUCAAUUCAAGGGAGCUAGAGAAGAAGAACGUGUUCAGGGACAUACUUCACAAUCAGUGGUUCUGGGUGUCUGUGGGUGGCAUUCUUGUCCUGCAGGUGGCUUUUAUUGAGAUCUCACAUAUUCUUGUUGGCAAUGCAAGGUUGAAUUGGGCACAGUGGGGUGUGUGUCUAUUAAUUGGGAUGGUUUCAUGGGAAAUUGAUUUGGUUGUGAAGUGUGUAUCGGACGUUGUCGUGAAUGGAACAUUCAGCUCUCAUGUUGGAUGUAUUAAUAAUAGUAUGACACCCUCUGCUGUCUCAGGUUCUGCAUCUAAUCUUGAGCUCCCACUCAUUGAUGGAAAUUCCACAAGACCCAUGAUCCUAUGA